AUGGCUUCCUUCUCCUCCACGCGUCUGCCUAGCCAUCAUCAUCAACCUCUUAUCCCUCCAACGAACGAAAACGAUAAUUCGAGCUCCAGCUCUGACGAAGAUGGUGACGUUCCACUCUUCAAUCCCUCAGGACUUCGAGCCUCUGCGCAUCGGUCGACCAAGGGGACCGUCUUCGAUCCGCUGAGCCACGCCGCCACGAGACUAGGACUCAGCCCUCCUUCUCAGCAAGGAACCGGUGCUCAGCAGCCAGCGACAAUUCAUGAGAGAUCUUCGGCGUCAACUGGGUCCGAACAGCCUGAGAAGAGGGGCCGGCGAAGGCGCUCGUCCGAGUUUGCUGGGGUUCUCUGCAAAGCUACACCACUCGUCUCAUCGCUCCCCGCCUCAUCCUCCAAGGUUGAAGGGCUGCCUGCUUCCAGCGAGCGCUCUCACCAAUGGUGGGAGCGCAGAGAGCGUCCAAAUGGUCUUUCACUUGACGUCGAUGUUGCCAAGGAAAGCGCGCCUGCUUCCACUAUAUCUGGGCCUGAUCGCUCCCAGUCGCCUUCGAGUGCAACCACACGCUCGCAAGCUGCCGAGUUCUUGAGCAGCUUCUCUAGCAAAAAUUCGUCUUCAACCCUUCACUCGCGAGAGUCCUCUAACCACACGCCUCUGCCAUUCGGCAAGCAAUCGCAACCCGGGCCUGGUCAGUCCGGCGAUCGAUCCAGAGCGCCGAGUGUGCAGUCUAUCAACACAGACUUGUCCGCCAGCUGGCAAGGGGGAUCUGUCAGCGCAGCAGCCGGGUUUCUCGCCCACAAAGGCGCUCUGACGCCAUCGUCGUCUACAAUCCUAGAUACGAGUCAGCUCCGACCGGACGAUGAGGGUUAUCGCUUUGGUCCAGAUCGCUGUUACGCGGUAGGCAAGCUUGUCGGCUUUGGAGGAUUCUCUACGAUUAGAGAGGGAUGGGACAUGAGUACAGAAGGUUCAAUAGCGAGAAUCACCGGCAAUGAGAUCGGCACUCGUCACAAGGUGGCGAUCAAGGUCUCAUACCAUGAGCCUGGAGCCACGACCGGAGAAGAACUUUCCAUUUGGAGGCGUCUCCCCGCGCAUCCAAAUCUCUUGCCACUUCUUCAUGAUGAAAGAGUGGUAGUGGACAAGGCAACACAAUCUGUCAUAUCUCCAAGAGCUUCAACUGGAAUGACCGCGAUGGCUUCAUCUUCCGAAAAGCACGAAGUGGAGCUGCUCGUCAUGCCCUUUUGCGAUCAGGGCAAUCUGAUGAGCUUCAUACGAUCGGAAGGCGGCAAAAGGGUCGAAUCCAGUCCAGCAUCAUCCAUCUCUCGACGCACUUCUCUGAAAAGGUCCGCAGAUGCCACGUCGGCAUCUCGGGGCGGAUCGAGCUUCGGUCCCUCUUCGAGCUCGCGAGCAGAUCGCGUCGUAUCGACUGGGGGAGCUUUCUCAGGUCCUCGCUCUUCCUCCAGCGUACAAAGGACCUUGUCUCACUCUUCGACCGGGCUUCAAAGAGCACUGAGCUUUUCAACACGCAGCCGAGGCGUCAGCCUGAAGGCAGCGAGAGAGUGCACAAGACAGCUAGCGGAGGGUCUGUUCUGCCUGCACAAUCGAGCUCAGGUUCUGCAUGGUGAUCUGAAGCUCGAGAACGUCCUCGGCCAGCCGAAGAGGUCAUCUCAAGGGUUCACAGGUGACAAGACUGCUCCAAGGCCAUCCGACAUUGCGGAGAAAGAAGACGCGAUCGAAGAUUCGGUGUGUUGGCGUCUAGCAGACUUUGGUCUGUCACGUAGAGUCGUAGAAGACGAAUCUCAGUCGUCUCUGCACGACAAGGCCGCUUCCUGGUUAAAGGAUGGCCCGGAGGAGUCGAGAGCUCGUAGCAAGGCUCGAAGCUCUGGCCACAUCACUGCUGGACUAGCAGGAGGGUCCAUAGCAUAUACUCCUCCCGAAAGAUGGCAAGAAGGCUCACUUGAGGGUUCCACGAGCUCCAGCCCAGGACAAUCUAGGCACGUUCCUUCUCCUUUCGCCUCUGAUAUGUGGGCUAUAGGCUGUAUGGUGUACGCCCUGCUGAGCGGUAAGCUGCCGUUCAAUGAUGCAUUUGAGCCCCGUCUUCAGGCGCUGAUCGCAAAGGGGGAUUGGGACUUUCCGCCACGGCUUUGGAGAAGGGCUAGGCGACUUCUCUCGGAUGUGCCCAGGUCGGAUAAUGACCAGGGACACCGCAGUAGAUCUGCAAGUCAUCAUUCCAGCGGAGAUCACUCACAUCUGGCGAGCUCGCUGACAUUCAGUCCAAGGGACUUACCGCAACGCAACCAUGGCGUUCACUUCAUGGAAGACCUCAGCGCUUCAUUGCCCUCCCUACAAGCUACGCAGAGAACGGGGUAUGCCCCUCUACAUCACGGAACCGCCUCUGCUCACGAAGCACCCGUCGUCGGAUCAAUGCCCACCAAAUCCGGAGAGUUGAACCGCUUCGACAUUGACGUUGUGGCUCAAGCUGCUGCCGAUGCGGAAGCCGAUGCUGAGUCAGACGAGGAUGGCGAAGUAGAUCAGGACUGGGAUGGCACUAGCGCUGAUCGAGCAGCUGCACGAGAGGUGCUCCGUGGUUUGUUGGCGGUAGACCCGACACAGCGUUGGACAGUGGAGCAGCUGGUCAGGUGCAAGUGGCUGUACGACCCCAGCGAAACGGAUCACAUCAACCGCUUCGAGCCGCAUCAGGAAGCGGGAGACGGCACUCCCAACAAGUCUCGACGACAGCUGCACGACGUACAUGAGGAAGUUGCCUGGGGAGAUGCAGAGGUUCCCACGCGACCCCAAUGGGGUCGACAGAGGAGUUGGAGGAACGAGCUGAGCUUCGAAAAGAUGGACCACACCGCGGUACAACGCAGACAGCGUCGCGAUUCGAGCCUUACCCGUUCUCGCCCUGCAAGCCGCCAAGGGGUAGAGGAAGGCACCGGGUCCUCCUCGCGCGGUGUCAGCCGACAUCGUGGAAGCAUCGACCGAGAUGCAGAAGACGCCGACGCUGACGCUUCAAUCGUGUACCGCUCUGGGACGGGCUCUCCAGCGUUGCCUCCUGCAUCUCCGAUUGAAAAUCGCGGUCGUCGCCCACGCGCCAUUGCACGAUUCGAGCAAGAAUCUGACAACAGGUGGACCUCGACGACUCCUUCGGUUGCAUCUUCACGAUCGAGACCCAUUGCCAUUGCCAGCCCAUCUCAUCCAAGCUCUCGAAGCCAGAGCUUGAACAGAAUUACUUCGCGUAGCAUGGCGGCGCUGUCCAGGGCUGAGCAGCGGGCGGGAGAGGACGACGACCUGUUUGGCUUUGUGCGUCAGAGGAGCCACAGUCGCCCUCCCCUCCUCUCACGUCCAUCGAACGAUGCGGUCUCCUCGACGAGGGGCAGCGAAAAUCGCAGCACCAGCAGCAGUCGGGGUAGAUCUGGGCCCUUCACCUCGGACCGAAGCAGUCCGGCCCUUGUGGAGUCAACUAAUACCAACACCACUCGAUCUUCCACGUCUCGAAGCCGAUCGAGGGCGCCUGAUGCUCUAGCUCAGGCACUGCGUAGGAGCGGUCGAAGCAGUAGUCGACCACGCGCCUCGCCUAUGGAGGAUGAUGAUGGAGGAGUCAUGGUUGGGGGCGUGGUUGAUCAGGCAGAUGCGGAGAGAGUGAGGGGGAGAAGAGGAAGGAGAGAUUAG